AUGCCAUCGCCAUACAUAUGCAGAGCCUGCACGGCAGCUGCACGGCGACAACCAACUUCCCGAACCGCAGUCACCACGUCGACCAGAGCCAUUCGCUCAGCAGCCCGUUCGAAACGCGCUGCCUCAAUAGCACCCACAACCCGCGGAAGUGCCGCAGCCGACGCAAAGCGAUCUGCUUCGACAAUAACAACGCCCGCAAACCCCUCAGACCCCGGACCACCACCACCCACCUCAAAGCCCGUAGCAAAGAUGACACCAGAACAGCGCGCCUUCCUCGCCUCCGCCCUCCGCGUAAAUCACGCGGGUGAACUCGCCGCAACGGUUAUCCUCAAGUCGCAGACACCGCCUCUCGUCACCACACACCCAAACCUCCGUCCACUGAUGUCACACAUGCUCGACCAAGAAUCCUCACAUUUCGCUACAUUCAACGGUCUAUUAGCCAAACACCGCAUCCGCCCCUCAGCCCUCUACCCCGUGUGGUCGGCCGCCGCCGGCAUCUUGGGCUGGAGCACAGGCUUGUUAGGCAAGGAAGCAUCCAUGGCGUGCACGGAAGCCGUAGAGACGGAGAUCGGGGAGCACUAUAACAGCCAACUGCGGGAAUUGGUGAAGUGGGAUCAAGAGGCGAGGGAGAGAGGGGAGGAACUGGAUCCGGAGUUGAGGGAGUUAAUGGGGGAGGUGAGAAGGAUAAGGGACGAGGAGCUAGAGCACUUGGAUCAUGCGGUGGAGGGAGGGGCGAAGAUGGCGAGGCCGUAUGAGGUGUUGACUGGGGUUGUGAGGGGUGGUUGUCGAGGGGCUAUAUGGAUUGCUCAGAAGGUGUGA